CCACAUUCCUCCAUCUUUUUCGGUUCCUUGCGGCCCACCGUGUCCCUUCACCGGAAAACUCUUCAGUCUACCGCCUCCAAUUUUGCCUGCUGAAAUGGCCACCCCCCGAGUCUUCUUCGACAUCACCGCUGACGGUGCACCCAUGGGCCGGGUUGUGAUGGAGCUCCGUAGCGACGUGGUCCCCAAGACUGCUGAAAACUUCCGUGCCCUCUGCACCGGCGAGAAGGGCUUCGGCUACAAGGGCUGCACCUUCCACCGCAUCAUCCCUGGAUUUAUGUGCCAGGGCGGUGACUUCACCAACCACAAUGGAACUGGUGGAAAGUCCAUCUACGGUAGCAAGUUCGGUGACGAGAACUUCACCCUGAAGCACACAGGCAGUGGCAUCCUGUCCAUGGCCAACGCUGGACCAAACACCAACGGAUCCCAGUUCUUCAUCUGCACAGCCAAAACAACAUGGCUCGAUGGGAAGCACGUGGUGUUCGGGAAAGUAGUCGAGGGGUUGGACGUGGUUUCCAAGAUGGAGGCCCAAGGCAGCCAGAGCGGCAAAACCAAAGCCAAGGUCAUCAUCGCCGACUGUGGGCAGCUCUGAGCUCCAGCACUUAACCCUUCCUGCUCGCCCUGUAGCCACACCCUUUAGGCUCCAGCCCCCCCGCCCUCCCCUGUUCAACAUUCCUAUUGAUGGAGAUUCAAUGGAGAUUCAAACCCCACAUUAUUCUGUUCUUGUUGAAAUCCUGUUGCUGCAUUUGUGACUUUGCCUUUGAAAGUUUCUUUUGCAUUAACUUUUUUUCCCACAAAGUCCCAACGUUUUUUUUGUUAAGUCAAAAAAUGAAAGAAUAAAACAGAAAAGAUGCCUUGACAAUUGAAA